CCCCCACCCUACAUUUUCCUCUAUGGCCGUAUAAAACACUAAUACGUGUGAAUUUUCUGCAUUUGUGCUCUUCUAUAUCUUCGUGCGAUAGACCCCGUGUGGUACAAGGUACCAAUUGCAAUUAAUUAAUAACAGUGCUAGUGAAGUGAAAAAACUGCCAGUAAAAAUGAAGGCAUUCCUGUUAUCAAUUCUGUUGUUCGGGAUCGUGUGCGGCAGCGAAAUAAACCAUCAGACGGGGUCAUUGUCCGAAGAGUCGCUCAAGCGCGGCUUGAGCCACAAAUGCGCUCAGCGGGAGACCGUGUCCGCUUGCAUCGCUCACGAGCUCGUCGGAUAUGUGGACAGGAUGCUCAGGACCGCUUCCGUACAGCUGAGCGAAGACGCUAUGAUUGUUGACGAGAGUAACGGUGCAGCAGCAGAAGUGACCGUGAAGCCAGAAUCCCUAGGAAGGGCAGGCAGCUCUUUGGAAGACCAAGCCCAGCAGUUGAUCAUGGACAAGCUUACGCUUUUCGCCACGACCAGGUCGCUGCGGUACAAGCUCUUCGACAACGCUGACCUGGUGGUCGCUGGAAAGACUGAGAAAGACGGAAGCCUUGGAGUCGGAGUAUCGUUAAAGGCGCCUAAGGCAAUCGAGUCCGGCAGAGCUCGUAACAAGAAUUUCGGGCCGAUCCUGGCAGCUGCUGCCAUGAAGUUCGGCCUGCUCGGCGCUUUGACCUUUAAGGGCCUAGCCCUGAUGGUGGGGAAGGCCCUUCUCAUCGCUAAGAUCGCGCUGCUCCUCGCCACUAUCAUCGGAUUGAAGAAACUGUUCUCCCAUCAGAAAAAGAACGUGACUUAUGAAGUAUUCACCGAUUUGCAUCCUCGUGAAGAAUUGAAGACCCACUGGGAGAGAAGGUUGGAAGAAGGCGCUAAGAAAUAUAACCAGUUGGGAGAGAGCUGACCCUUAACAAUACUGUUUUUAAUAUAAAAUGAAGUUGUUUCAUUUAGUUUCUUUAAGUACAAAAUAAAUUAAGUUCGAU